AUUUUUCUCAGUUCACUUUUGACAUCGAAACGUUGAACGUCUCUCGGCAUAAUAUAGUCGUCGGUGGUGGCUGUUUAUGAUAUACACAAGAAAAAGAAAUAUAAAUUUCAUAUGCGUUAAUUGUGUGUGGGAAAAUAUAUAAAGUUUUUGAAAUUAUUGAAUUGAAAUUAUACAUUUGAGGAGUAGAGAAAAUAAAAAAGAAGUAAACGGAAGAAAAACUAUUGGUACAGUGACACUUGGAUGGAUCAUAAUAAUUUAUGAAUGAAAAAUAUGAUUGGAUUGUAAACUCUGUUUUUAUUUUUCGGGUGAAACUUUUACUGUGCCGUUGAAUUGUAUGUUGAGAAAAAGUGUUUUCAUUUGUCGGAUUUGUGAAAUAUCAACAUCAACAUUUUACGAUUAUUUUUGUUGUGAAAAUAAUCAUUGACAGAAUCAAAACAAGAGAAUUUCAGCGACAGUGAUUUUUCUUUCGGAUUAAACACAGCGGUAUUGUUAUGAAGGUGUUAUUUUGAUGAAGAAAUGGAUACACAACACACCUUGAGAAUGUGACUCGUGACCGGACUUUGAACAGAAAACCAAAUUAAUAAAAUAAAAACGAGGAACCUUUUAUCGACUGAAAAGAAAUAAUAAAAAUACGGAAAUUAAGUUUUCGAAAACAAAGCCGUACAUUGUAGUGCUUACUAAUUGAUUGUGACAUUCAGGCUAACAGUGUAGUAUAAAGAAAGCCCCAGUUAGUGUUAAGAGAGAGUGGUGUGUUUACGAAAUUUGUGCAUCGAUUUUUUGUGCAUCGAUAGAUCGAUAAAUUAAUAGUAUCUUGUGGCAGAUUAUUCCAAAAUGACGAUGUUCACGGAGAAUAAAGGCUGGCUAUAGCAUGAUAAUGAUGACGGAAUGAGUGCCCAGGGGGGCUCCUCGAGGGCUCCAGCCUUAGGGGGUCAACCAUCUCCAUCAAUAGGGGCCUACCAGGAGUCACACAAUCAUCAAAAUUCACUGCAUCCGACCAGUGAUAAUCAACUAUUCCACCAACAAAGUAUUAACAAUUCGAAUUACUAUCACCAGCAACAACAUCAAGGCCAACAUCAGAACCAUUCGAAUUUAAAUUAUCAAAAUACUCAAAUUGGGCCUAAUCCAAAUAACGGACUAACGAAUUCUCAUCAACACAACGCUCAAUACAACCCAAAUAGUAGUAGUAUUAAUAGUUCAAGUGGUAGUAAUAAUAACAACAGUGGUCAGUUACAACAACAACAACAGCAACAAUCACAGUCGCAACAACACUCAGCGAACAGUGGAAGUGUACACAACAAUUAUAACGUGAAUUUUACGCAUGGUAGUCCUAAUACGAUAAACAUGGUCGCUGCUACAGGAAAUCAACAAGGAAUGGAAAUGGGAUUUAAUUCACAGAUGAGCAAUAUGGGGAUGCAUAACCAAACAUCCCACCAACAGUAUAUGAAUGGUAUGAGCAACAUGAACAAUAUGGCUGGUAUGAAUGGCAUGAACAAUAUGAAUAGUAUGAGCGCAAUGCAAAUGAAUGCAAUGGGACCAAUGAACGGAAUGAGUUAUGGAGCAUCAAGGCAUCACCAUAUGAAUCCAAUGAAUCAAAUGUCAAACAUGAGCAUGGGCAUGAAUCAAAUGGGUCCAAUGAACGGUAUGAACACGAUGGGUCCAAUGAACGGCAUGAACCAAAUGAACGGAAUGGCCCAAAUGAAUCCUAUGGCAAAAAUGCAAGGAAUGGCUAAUGGAUACCCUCCUAGACGAAUGUCACCAUAUCCAACGCCACAAAUGCAUGCGGCCCAAAAGCGAGCCAUGUACCCCAUUGGCCAUGCACAAAAUCCACAAAAUGUUCCUGGAGGUGCAAUGCAAUAUCCUCAUAACCAAACAAACGGUGUUCCUGUUCCUAUACAACAAGGCUACGGUCGAUCGGGUCCGAUGAAUGCGUACGGCAGAGGCGGUGCCGGUAUGAUGCAACAACAACGACAAAAUACUCCACCGUACAACAAUUCCGCACACAAUCCAUCGUUUUAUCCGGGUGGAGGAUAUCAGAACGUGCAAGGAUUCCAGCAAGAUGUACGACUGAAUUAUCAGCACAGUCCUGUGCCGGGAAAUCCUACACCUCCACUUACACCUGCCUCAUCAAUGACACCUUAUGUUAGUCCAAAUCCUGAUAUAAAGCCACAACCAAUGCACAAUGAUGAAAUGCGGCUGACCUUUCCAGUACGAGACGGCAUUAUUCUAUCACCAUUUCGAUUGGAGCACAACCUUGCUGUAAGCAAUCAUGUGUUUCAGCUGAAACCAACAGUAUAUAAUACGCUUCUGUGCAGAUCCGACCUAGAAAUUCAAUUAAAAUGUUUCCAUCAUGAGGACCGGCAAAUGAACACGAACUGGCCGACGAGUGUUCAAGUGUCGGCGAAUGCGACGCCACUGGUAAUCGAUCGAGGUGAAAAUAAGAGUUCCCAUCGACCGUUAUACCUGAAAACGGUUUGUCAGCCGGGAAGAAAUACCAUACAGAUCACGGUGGCAGCAUGCUGUUGUUCUCAUCUAUUCGUACUUCAACUGGUGCAUCGACCAACCAUUCGGCAUGUUUUACAAAGUUUAUUAAGGCGACAUCUAGUGCCGGUGGAUCAUUGUGUGGCCAAAAUAAAACGAAAUUUCAAUGCCAGCCAAAUGGGACAGAGUGGCAUGACUGGUGAAAAGGAUACCAUUGAACAAACAUCACUCAAAGUCUCACUAAAAUGUCCAAUCACAUUCAAACGAAUCACACUUCCGGCUCGGGGGCACGAAUGCAAGCACAUUCAGUGCUUCGAUCUGGAAUCAUACCUGCAGAUAAAUUGUGAACGAGGCAGUUGGCGGUGUCCUGUGUGCAAUAAACCGGCAAUAACUGAUCAUCUGGAAAUCGAUCAGUACAUGUGGGCAAUCCUAAAUACAUUAAAUUCGUCCGACACAGAAGAUGUUACAAUUGAUUCAGGGGCUAACUGGAAAGCAGUUCGACCAAUAAACACCUCUGGAAUCAAAACGGAAGAUGACUUGGACUCGAAACGACUUUACAAAGUAAUGUCGCCGGGAUCAACCGCAUUGCCAACAUGGGAGAAUACGCAAUUAGUCAAUGGAAUUAAGAAGGAAGAAGAUUCGGAUACAAAACGACUGUCAAGUGUUAUGUCACCUGGCUCGACGUCACUUCCCAACUGGGACAAUUCACAAGCCAUGAGUCCGUAUAUGUGUCCCGACAUGAGUUCGAUAGCCAGCGGCAGUAUGAUGGGACAGAAUUUCAACAACAAUUCGAGAAAUUACGAUUUCAUCAAAUCAGAACCAAAUCAAUGCAAUCCGAAUAACGAAUAUGGCCCCAACAGUAAUCCGUUAACGCAUUUAAGUGAUUCUGUGAAUUCCUUAGAUCCAUUGAACGCAAUGGAGAAAUCACUGAACGAACAGAUGCCUCAUACUCCACACACACCUCACACGCCAGGUGGCUCUGGCAGUCAUCCAAUGACACCAGGUGGACCGCCUAGCGUGCCAUCAAAUCACAAUGAAAGUGGUUCCAGUCAAACAGCAUCAAAUAACAUAAAUAGUUCGCCCAGCAAUAGUCACAAUUCGCCGCAGCACAACAAUAUGAGCAACAAUCAAAAUUCGACGAACAACUGCAACAGCAAUCUGAUGAAUUCGUUGAUCAAUUCGCAGAACAGUGGAUUGGUCAAUUUAACGGAUGCGGAUUUGACGGCCGAUUUGAAUUUUGAUCCGGCUGCCGUUAUUGAUGGAGAUACAACAAAUGACUUAAACCUUCUACCUGACACUGUCGUUGAUCCAAUGGAAUUGCUCUCCUAUUUAGAUCCACCGGAUCUGAAUACACCUCCAUCUAGCGGUUCCAGCAAUCAUCCAAACAAUGACGAUAUUCUAGCAGCAUUGUUCGAAUAAAAAUAAGAUGCAACACAAUGAAAAACAAAACAAAACUAAAUUGAAGAAGAAAGGAAGAAGAAUAAAUUGAAAGAAAGCAAAAGUAUUACUUAAAUAAUAUCCUCAUCCAUUCUACAAUGAAACAGUUAAUAUUGUGUGUCUGUGUUAAUAACUUUAAAAGCAAACAUUUUCUCUUAGUAGAACAAGUGAAACGGAAAAGAAAACUUUCGAAAAAGAAAAAAAAAUCUAAUGUGAUGAUGAGUGUAACGAAGAACAGAACUAAUGGAAAAAGAAAAUUGUGUUUUCUGGAUGUGUCUCUUUGAUUUGGAAAAAAAACGAAAAUAAAAAGUUAAAUUUUUAAAGAAAAAAAGGAAAAAUUUAUUGAAAAAUUGAAAAUUUUAAUUGAAAAGUAAGAAAAAUGGAAACAAUUUUUGAAGGAACAAAAUCUUUAAUUGUUAUGCGCAACUUGGACCAUAAUUUUAUAGCAGAAACGAACUGUUUUUUAAACAUUAAAAUUUACAACAACAACAAAGUUAACACAACGGGCAUCAUCGCUCCACAAAUCACUAUGUUUUGCCGGGCGUUUUGUUUUAAUUUUCGCCAUUUUUACUUACAACCCUCGUCAUCCGUCUACGGAUGGUUCAUUUUACACGUAAUAUUUAUCCGUUAGUGAUUGAUCUGUACGCCCCUCCGCUGAGCUUUCAUCGAAGAUGAAAGAUUCGCUCAGCUAAUUUACUGACUGAUUUGCGAAAGCUAAACUCGUGAUGGAGAUGUUCCCAUUUGUAGUUCUUCUUAUGGUACGUCCGUUGUAAGUAGUUAGCUUCAACGAGGUCUUCGGAAGUGUUUGCAAAGGGUUUUUCGUUGUCUUCUGAAUAGAACCUAUUCACCACAAAAAUUGGCAGUCUCUGUUGUAUUCUGAAGAAAAACUCAUUGCGGUUUUGGUGGCUAUGUAAUUAUGUCCCCUCACUAUCUUCGAAUUGCAUGGAGAAUGUGAUGGUGUCGAUGUAUUAACAACUCUGAAAAAUAUAUAUUUAUGUCCAAUCAACGACGUCACGACGUCAAAUUGAGAUAUUCCUCUCCUGACUCAGACUGACCAAACUCUUAGUUCGGGCGAUUCCCGAAGAGCUUCUGGACUUUUCUAUGAAUUUUUAAAAUUUUUGCGGAUUGUACAAAUGAUUAUUACGAAGCCACCGAGCGUUGUUUUCAAGCCAGUUCGAGCCUGUUCCUCUACAGAAAUAUUGGAGCAUUGAUAUGACCUCACCAAAAUCGUCGAGAAUGCGUCAGGUUUACCACCAAAAUCUGUUACAACCGUCCGUAUCUGUCGUUGCUAACAUCUGUGUCAGUUUACAACUGUCCACAAGAUAAAUCCCCUCCCCAGAUCUAUGGAAGAGAUGUAACAUGGAAGUCGAAUGAAUGAAAUGAAAUAUCGCCGACGUAACCAAUUACAAUUACAAAUAGCUUUAGUGUUACUGACGCGAGCAACGGACUUAAAUGUUAAUCUGGAAUGCAUCUGAUGAUAAUUGAAGAGCAACAUAUCAUAGAAGAGUUAAUAUAGUUUAUGGACUUAGCACGUUUCGAUAGAACACCCAUCAAUCAGUCUGAGAUCUUAUAAUAACAAUCACUCUACUGAUAGUUCCCCUUGUUGCUGCUUAAACGCACAUUUUUGAGGAAGAAACAGGGGAAAAAUUUGAAAAGAAAAUUCUGACCUAUUAAUGUGUACAGAUUUGAAGUACCAGGCCUUAAAAGUUUGUUUGAAAAGUGGGGAACACGAGUUCGUUAAUCCAUCUGUACUUCCAGCUGAGCAAAUACAUACGAUCAAUGAAAAAGAGAAAUUCUCGUUUCAAGGGAAUUGCCACUUGCGCGUGUUUGAACCAAUAUUUGAUUUCAGAAUUCGGAAUUUUAACAGAAAAAGCAGUUCCUGUCUAAUUAUUUAAACAAAAGAAUAAAAUAAAUAGAAAACAAAACAAAAAACACAAAACUUUGUAAAUACUUUGUAACAUACACAAGCAAAUUGAAAUUUUGUAAAUAAAUAUGAAAAAAGGAAAAAAAAAAUGAAAAAUCAAGGAAAAAAUUGUAAAAAACCCCAAUUGAAUUCCUUAAUUGGGACGAAAACCAUUCUAAAACACACACAAACAUUAAGUAUAAUUCUAAAAGUUAAAACAAAUGGAAUACUUAAACGAAAAAAAUUAAAAAAAAAAUCUUUAAGUUUAAAUUAAAAAUUAAAAAAAAAAACAAUUUAAAGAAACAAAAAACCAGAAAUUAAAUUUAAAAACAAAAAUUAAAUUUGAAACUGAAAACAAUUUUUAGAUGAAAAAUGGAAUGAAAAAAAGAAGAAGAAAUGAAAGGGAGAAACACACACAUUGACUAAGUAAGUAGUUGGUUUCAAAUUUUUAGAAAACAGCCAUAGUUUAUGUAUUUAAGUAAAACAAAUUAUAUAUACAA